AUGGAUGAGGAUUCAACUUCAAGCUACUCAAUUCUUCUGUUAACAAAUGAAAAUGAGAAUUCUCAAGUAUCCUUCUCCAUAAAAGUUUGGGAAGAAAACAAGAUCGUCUGGUACAUAGCAGGACCAUGCAUUUUAAGUGCAAUAUUUAAAUUCUCUCUUGCUUUCGUUACACAAACAUGGGUUGGUCAUGUUGGUACUCUUGAACUUGCUGCUUUUGGUCUCCAAAACUUGGUCAUUUCUGGUCUCACCUAUGGAAUCAUGCUGGGUAUGGGAAGUGCAUUAGGAACAUUAUGCGGACAAGCAUAUGGAGCAGGAAAACCAAAAAUGCUAGGGAUAUACUUACAAAGAGCAUGGGUGAUUCUGCUAGGAACAGCGUUACCAUUGACCCUAAUCUCAGUGUUCGCUACACCAAUCCUAUUGAUCUUUGGUCAAAAAGAAGAGAUUGCAGAAUCAGCUGGUACAUAUUCUAUAUGGAUGAUACCACAAUUAUACAUGUAUGCAUUGAAUUCUCCUAUGCAAAGAUUUUUACAAGCUCAAAGUAAAGUAAUACCAUUGGCUUGGAUAUCAUUUCUAGUGUUAGUAAUUCACGUUCCAUUAAGUUGGUUCUGUGUUAUGAGAUGGGGUUUAGUAGGAGCAGCCGCUUCUUUGAAUUUCUCAUGGGUCUUGGUUGUCAUUCUUCAAUAUGCCUAUAUUGUCUCCGGAAGUUGCAACGAUUGUUGGAAUGGGUUUUCAUGGUUGGCUUUCACUGAAUUGCUUGAUUUUCUAUGGUUAUCUCUGGCUUCAGCUGUCAUGCUAUGGUUAGUAGUAUUCCCUCCCUAA